AUGAACAGCAAUAACAGAAUUGGAGUUGAUGAAUCUUCAGUAAUUAAUCCUAAUACAACACGAUUAGGAAAACUAUAUGAACAUUUUCGAAAAAGAAAACUAAUCUGGAUCGUACUUUCCAUUAUUUUAAUUCUAGUUAUUGCAACAACUAUUGUCCUAAUGAAUAAAACAAAGACGGAAAAAACAUCAACAAUGGAGAUAACAACAGCAGCAACAACAGAGAUAGAAACAACGACAGAAACAACCACGAUCGCAACAACAAUAACAACAGAAACAAUAAGCGAACAAUUACUUCCUCCUGCUAUCAUUGAUAAAAAUACGAAAUGGAAACAGAGUGCAACUACUGUUGCUGGAGGACAUGGGCAAGGACAUGAAUUAAAUCAGUUAAAUCGACCUCAAGGUUUUUAUGUUGAUGAUGAUGAUGAUAGUAUUUAUAUUGCUGACACUGAUAACCAUCGUAUUGUUCAAUGGAAAUUUGGUGCAAACAAUGGUGAAAUUGUUGCAGGUGGGAAUAUAUCUGGAAACGAAAAAUAUCGAUUGAAAACUCCAGAAGAUGUCAUUCUUGAUAAAGAGAAGAAAUAUCUCAUCAUUUGUGAUAUGGGCAAUUCCCGAGUGAUAAAAUGGUCCUGUCAAAACAGUCAGGAUCAAGAAAUAUUGAUAUAUCCUAGUUUUUGCUGGGGCUUAGCAAUGGAUAAUAAUGGAGAUCUUUAUAUUGCUGACUGGGUGAACCAGAAAGUUAUACGUUGGCAUGAAGGAGAUACAGAGGGUACAGUUGUAGCAGGUGGAAAUGGAUUUGGAAAUUCGUGUAGUCAACUCAAUCAAGCUAAGCAGAUCUUCGUUGAUAAAAAUCAUUCAGUUUACGUAGCAGACGAUACGAAUCAUCGUGUGAUGAAAUGGGAGGGAAAUGCGACCGAAGGGCUUCUUGUUGCUCCGAGAAACGUUUUCAACGAAGAUCUCAUUGAUGUAAUGUCUAACCCCAAAGGUGUGAUCGUUGAUAAUACGGGUAAUAUUUAUAUAUCGUAUAGCAGAUAUCAUCACAUAACGCGUUGGUCGCCAGGUGCUAUGAAAGGCAUUGCUGUUGUUGGUACAGAACGAUCUGGAAGUGAAUCGACGCAGCUCACAAACCCUCAAGAUUUAUCAUUUGAUCGACGGGGUAAUCUUUAUGUUGUCGAUAGAGACAACCAUCGAAUCCAAAAAUUUCUUAUUGAUCUUGACUGA